AGGAUGGAUGCUCACGUGAACCCUCUGAUGCCAGCCCAAGUCACCAGGGUGACUGCUCUCUCUGCUCCAGCUGUGACUUUCAUGGCAGCCAGUUUGAUGGAUCAGACAUUAGCAGAUAACGGCAGGGAAUCGAGUAGAGCCUCCUGCCCACCGGCCUUGAUUUUGCACACUGACAGAAAACGCAAGCUGCUGGAGGAUGGGGACGACAAGGAUCAUGCUUUAAAACUGCUGAGCGAGGAUGGCAGCACAGCAAACGGCAACAAGCCCGUGGCAUCCACGCCCGUGCCGGGAUCGCCGUGGUGCGUAGUCUGGACUGGAGAUGACAGAGUCUUCUUCUUCAACCCUACAAUGCAGCUGUCCGUGUGGGAGAAACCAAUGGACCUAAAGGACCGUGGUGACAUCAACAGGAUCAUUGAAGACCCACCUCAUAAGCGCAAACUGGAAACCUCAGCAACAGAUAGAAGCAUUAGUUCAUGCCCAGGGGAUGAAAAUGAUGAUCUCAGCAUCAAAACUAAGAGAAAUAAAACAGAAGAUUCGCCGCUGGGCGAGCCGGGCAGGCGUGCCGCGGAGGAGAAGAGCAGGAAGGCUCCCGCCCGUGAGGAGCUGCUCCCGCGGGAAGAGCGCGUCACGCAUUUCCGGGACAUGCUUCUGGAGAGAGGGGUUUCAGCAUUUUCUACAUGGGAAAAAGAGUUGCACAAAAUCGUAUUUGAUCCACGCUACCUUCUACUAAAUUCUGAAGAACGUAAGCAGAUAUUUGAACAGUUUGUCAAGGCCAGGAUAAGAGAAGAGUACAAAGAGAAAAAAAAUAAACUAUUGCUAGCCAAAGAAGAAUUUAAAAAGCUUCUUGAGGAAUCCAAGCUAACGCCAAGAACAACAUUUAAAGAGUUUGCAGAGAAAUAUGGAAGAGAUCAGCGGUUUCGACUUGUCCAAAAGAAGAAGGACCAAGAGCAUUUUUUCAAUCAGUUCAUGCUUAUUCUUAAAAAGAGGGACAAAGAAAACAGGAUAAGGCUACGGAAAAUGAGAUAAGAAUUGCUGAAAUUGGCAAUAAAUACACAAGCUAGCGCUGUGACUGCAGUGGAAAUUAAACUAAAGAAAAGAGCGUUUGGGGUUAGAGUUGCCACGGCUCAAAGGAGAAGCGGAUAUCCCUGAGGAAAGCUCUCAGUGAACAUCGGAGCUGGAGCUUGGGUUUGGGAAGCCACGUUGUUCUGCAGGAAUCUGAAGGAUAUUUUGUUCUCAAAGAAUUAAUGUUUCAUAUUGAAGCUCUCUUUUUGUACAACAUUCAGAGUUUGAUGCAUUUCUAAUUGCCAUGAUAUGUCAAUCCCUUAAUUGUUUUAAUUAUGCAAAUUACUUGUAAUAUACACAAAUUAUAAAUCCAGUGCAGAUUUGUAAUUAAGCAGAGACAGAUGCCGUCCAUAACAAUCUCAAGAUAUUUCCAUCAUUUAGGGGAAUUAUCUGAAGCAAUCUUAUGGCAACUUUAUGCGUUAACAUGAAUUGUUUAGGAGUGCUGUGGUAUGCGGGGUUCAUUCCUCAGUGUUCACAUGUCCGUGUCCAGUUUUUGGAGUAAUAGUAAUAAGAUAGUAACUGUUAAUCAUAGUGAAGAGUGUGGAAACUUUGGCAUAUGUUCCAUAGCAAACCCAUAAAUUUCAGAAAUAGCUUUCUAAUUACUGUGAAUGGUGCUUCCAGGCACACAGAUAAUAGCAACACGUCUCCGUAAGAGUUACUAUAAAAAAAGUUAUUUUGUAAAGCCAUCAUAGUGCGAUCUGAAUUAUGUUCUUGUAUGUGAAGAGUCUGCAUGAGAUUUUUUUCUUAGCAUCUUUGUACAGAUAAAUAUUUAAC